AAGACAGAUGUCUGUGUUCAAGUCUCUGGUUGUGGAUCCUCAUCAUGUGGACUCUCACCACAGCAGUCAAAGCUCAACAAAACAACAACCACUUCCGCUGACGACCCUUCACAAAAAAGGUCCCAUACAGAUGUUGAGGUCUCCUGUGUUUUAGAGGAGAGCUGCAUCUUACCCUGCAGCUUUCAGCCUGGUAAAGAACCAGUCAUCCACUGGGUGAAGGUGGAUCCAGGAAACACUCGUCUCGUCUCCGACUACAGUGCCAGGCACCAGAUUGAACUCCAGGGCGAGCGCUUCAGAGGCCGGACAUCGCUGUUCACAGAUCAGAUCUCCAGAGGAAACGCCUCCAUCAGGCUGACGGGGCUGCAGCUUCAGGACCAGGGAAAAUACAAGUGCUACACCAGCAUCAUCACUGGAGGCAACAAGGAGUCAUUCAUCAACCUGAGAGUAGAUGCUCCUGUGCGUCACGUGGACAUUGAGCAGGUGGAGGACAGCUUCACCUGCCGCUCAGAGGGGAUCUACCCCGAGCCGCAGCUCACCUGGUCCACCAGGCCUCCGUCCAACGUGGACCUUCAGAUCCAAACCUCAGUGAAGGAGACGGAGCAGCAGCUCUAUGAGAUCAGCAGCACAGUGACACUGUCAGACAGAGACUCUGUUCUGAUCUGCAGCAUCAGCACUCGCAGUGGGAGGAGGAGCGCGCUGUGGUAUCAACCCACUCUCGUCCAUGUGUCACCGAGUGAAACAACAACAACAAUCCACUGCACUGCUCCAAACACCAAACCCCCGACACACCUGCUGUGGAAGUUCAACCACAGUCAGAUCAUUGUGAACCAGACCGGGGUGGACGGCCCCCCCAGGGUCUCAGAGCAGUGGAGGCAGCAGGUGGAGGAUGUGUCAGCGUCAGGCAGCCUCACGCUGCACCACUUAUCUUCAGAUCACCAGGGAACGUUCACCUGUGAACUCAGUAGUGAAGAGGAGACGCUCUUCAUCAACAGCUACGUGACGAUAGAGGAAGGUUCUUCAGGUUCAGUUGCAGGAAUUGUGGUCGGAGUCCUCGUUGGGUGUGUAGCAUUAGGAGCUGGAGCAGUAUUAUUAUACUUUAAAAGACAAAAGAACAUCAACAAUCUGAUGCUACAGACGAUACAUUUACAGUCAGACAAUGAAGAAAAUAAUAAGAACACGAAACAUGAUAAUGAAGGAAGUGCUGUUUGAGACAGACAAAGACAAACAAAAACCUCAGGAUGAAGAAGAGGAGCUGAACACGUAGAAGAUGAAGACGUCAACUUGGAAACACGAGGAGGUUCCAGAUCUUUAGGUGAUGAGGUCGACGUCUGGUUCCAUGUGAACGAGUCCGACCCGGACAACAUCCUGCUGCAGAGUUGCCAACUCUCACACUUUCGCCGUGUGACACACGCUUUUGCAUGUUUUCACACGCACCCAACUUCUCAUGCCCCAAAUUUUUUUGAUUUUGGGCCGAGACAUGUUCGUUCCUUUUUAAACUCCCCGACGUUAGAUGGCGCUAAGGAGCGCAUCUGUAACCCUAUUCGCUGCAUAUGUAACGGUGUUAAUAUGUUGUAUGUUGAAUCCUGUUCAACGUGGGACUGCAGUCACAGUUUUUGAUGUAUGUCUUUUAUUUUGCCGUAUUUGUCUUAUUUUGAAAACCCGCAGCGGGAGCUUCUGAGGGAUUAAGUGUGGUGCACUUUGUUUUUACCUCAGAACUAGAUAUGUGGGUAGGUUGUUGCGCUGUCUAUUAGUGUUUAAGUUAAGAUUAAGAUGCAUUUAUUUGUCCCAAACACAGACACACUCAUGCAGGUAGGGAAAUGUAACCUCUGCUUUUGACCCAUCUGGUGCAGGACACACAGAGCAGUGAGCGACCAUGUACGGCGCUCGGGGAGCAGAUGUUGGGGGAGUAAGGUGCCUUGCUCAGGGGCACUAGACAGGGUAGGUUCGUCUUUUGUUGUCUCUCCGUGGAGUCGAACCAGAGUCGAACCAGACACCUUCUCUGCCCAUAGUCCAAGUUUCUGCCACUAGUCCACCGCCUCUAGCUGCUAACGUUUAAUUUAAUGUAUAAAACUUGUAAUAUGCAACUUUCAGCUAUGUCUUUGCUUCACAGAAUGUAACUGCUGCCUUCUUCUUCUGUGAAAGACCAAACGGCUUCAGCCACUGAACCAUCAAACCCAUUUGAACCCAGCUGCUGGUUUGAGGUGGAGACAUAGUGUUGCUCUAAGUCUGUUUUAACUCUGGACAACAUCCGGCAGAGACUUGAAAACCAACAGAACCUGAAUGAAACAGCUGAGACCAAACUAAUCUGACACGUUCAGCAGACUCACAGAACCUGAACCAGGUUAAAGCUGAAUUAUAAUAAUUUAAAGCUCUGAAAAGAAUGUACUGAUUUGUAUUUUAUAUCUGGUACUGUUUUGUAUUUGCACAUAUUUUUACGAAACUUUACUUCAUCGACUGUUAUGGCACAUUUAAUAUUUUAUUAAAAUGUAUUUA